AUGUCUAGCAAACCAACAUUUGUCUUGAUCCCGGGAGCAUGGCACCGUGCCGAGAUUUGGGAGAAAGUCACUUCACUCCUGGAAGAACAACAGUAUAAAUGUAUUCCAGUAGAACUACCAUCAACGGCAGGAGAUCCCACAAUAGCUUUUGGCGAUGAUAUCGCCGUUGUCCGAAAUAUCGUAUUAUCAGAGACAAAACAGGGACGCGACGUGAUAAUAGUGGUGCAUUCCUACGGUGGUGCAGUUGGCCAGAGCGCAGUUAAAGGUCUCACCCAUCACAACCCAGAUGAUAUCCAAUCUACAAGCGACGAACCGACUGGCCAUGUCAUCGGUCUCGUUAUGAUGGCUUGUGGUUUUGGGCAAACGGGAAUAAGCUUCAUCGAUGCUAUUGGCGGGACACCACCACCACUAUGGAGAUGGGACGAUAGUGGAUUUGCGACGUUAGAACUUCCAGCCAGAGAAAUAUUUUACCACGAUCUUUCUGAGGAAGAAGGUAAAUUUUGGGUUAGCAGGUUGAUGAAGCAAUCGCAGAAAGUUUUGAAGGAGGGAGGAGAGUGGGCUUAUGCCGGAUGGAUGGAUUUGCCAGUUUGGUACUUGAUGACGAUGGAUGAUAAAUCGUUUCCAGUUGGGGUGCAAGAGAUGUUUGUGAAAAUGGCGAGGGAUGCUGGGGCGGAUGUUACGGUGCGACAGGUUAUGAGUAGUCAUUCGCCAAUGUUGAGUAGACCGAAAGAGACGGUGGAUUUUAUACUGGAAGCGGCGGUAUCUCUGGUUAAAGAAUGA